AUGGCUUCAAAGGCUCUGCUGCCCAUCCUGGCUCUGCUGAACUUUCUCUGUGCAGGAUCUGAUGCACAGCUUAAUGAAUGUGGCUUUGCUCCUCGAAAUCCCAAAAUAGUUGGAGGUCAGGAUGCCUCACCUGGAAGUUGGCCCUGGCAGGUGGAGCUGCAGCUUAAUGGCCAGUUCAAGUGUGGAGGAUCCCUGAUCAACAAAAAGUGGGUUCUGACUGCAGCUCACUGCAUCGAAGAUCCAGCUCCGUCCAUGUGGAAGGUCAUUCUGGGGCAGCAGAACCAGAGGGACAGAGACACGAAAACCGUAGUGGAAAGGAACAUUGGAAAAAUCAUCGUACACCCCAAGUUCAGUCAGACCACCAUCGACAACGACAUUGCGUUGCUCAGACUCUCCUCACCAGUGGAGUUCACAGACUACAUCAGACCGGUGUGUUUGGCAGCGAGUGGCAGCCGGUUCAACAACGGCACCGAUAGCUGGGUCACCGGCUGGGGAAACGUAGGAGAAGGAGAGCCUCUGCCUCGUCCUCAAACCCUUCAGGAAGUGAAGGUGCCUGUUAUUGGGAACAGACAGUGCAGCUGUUUGCUCAGAACAGUAACAGACAACAUGAUCUGCGCCGGAGUUCUUUCAGGAGGAAAAGACUCUUGUGAGGGUGACUCAGGAGGUCCGAUGGUCAGCAAGCAGCGCUCACGCUGGAUCCAGUCUGGAGUUGUGAGUUUUGGCUUCGGCUGCGCUCAGCCCAAUCUGCCUGGCGUCUACACCAGAGUGUCCCGGUACCAGUCCUGGAUAAAAGCCCGCAUCAGAUUUAACAAACCGGGCUUUGUGGAGUUCACCUCCAGAGGAGAGGAUCCAGACAGCAGCUUCACCUGCCAGCGCAGUUCGCCUGUCACCAAAUGA